AUGGCCGAAGAGAGAGAGUGGAUGAAAAGAAUUCAAGAAGAAAAUGCACACCUGAAAAACCAGAUUCGGCUGCUCAAGGAAAACUAUGAAUUACGGGUAUUGUUGGGUCAGCAGAGUGAUAGUUGCAACCAGGUCCAGCUAUUAACAUCUCAGAUUUUUCCAGCAUAUCCUGAUGCUGACACACUAGUAAAAGGAGGUCCGUACACUGGAAGAGAAGAUGCCAGUUAUUGUCCACACAUCAUCCCCAAGGAAACCACAGCUUUGUCCUGCCCCAGUGCCCAGGCACAGGUUAAGCUGCUGCACAAGGAUGCACACCCUUUUCAGCCCAGAAGUGGGGAAAAAAAAUCCAUGCACUUGUCGAGCAUGUCAUGUUCUACCAUUGGAGGAAAACAGCUUGAAGCUACAGAUGUCUCUACGCUUAAGAAAACUUGGUUAACAGAUGGCCCUUUCCCUGGAGGUGAUAAAGCUCAAACUCCAUUAGCACUUAACAUUGGAAGACUGCUCAGUUCAAAAGACAUGCCAAGUCAUUCAUCAACAUGGCCAGAAGAAUUAAAUUCCUCAAGCCCUACCAGUGUGUCAAACAAGGAGGAAGUCCAGGCACAGACCACAUUUUUGAAUGACCACAAAAACCUCAAAGGAAGUUCCUCCUCCCCAGGGAUUUCUGAAAUGAAGGCCUAUCAUCUUUUAUGCGGUGCCCAGGAUUCAAGCACAGACAAAACGCAGCUCGAAUUCCAAGAAAUGCCUAGGAAGAAGAAAGUCUGGUUUUCAGAUGCUCCAGCCGCAGACAAGUUGAGGAAGUUUCAUACAUUCCACUUAAAUGAUAUAGAGAUUGCUCAAAACAGCAAGAGAAAUGGGCGCAUAGUGGGAGAGAUCGCCUUCCAGUUAGACAGGCGUAUCCUUGCACAUGUGUUUCCUGGAAUCACGCGGCUCUAUGGAUUUACAGUCUCCAACAUUCCUGAGAAAAUCAAACAGGUCUCCAUGAAAUCUCUAGCUGGCUCUGUGGAUGAGAAAAAGUACCAAGCCAUGACUCAGCGCUACCUUGACUUGACCGUCCGCCUGGAAAAAAUGGGCUAUCAGACAGAGAUCCACCCACUGUUUAGUGAAUAUCUCAUCAAUACAUAUGGCAUCCUGAAACAAAGGCCAGAUCUUACUUCUAACCCCGUUCACAACAGCCCUGCUGACCUCAGGAAAAUAGUGAUUGACAUUGUCCCGUCCAAGUUCCUCGGAGAUACGUUGCUGUUGUUGAACUGUUUGUGCGAACUUUCUAAAGAAGACAACAAGGCCCUGUUUGCCUGGUAGUGCAUACUACACCUC